UAUUGAAAAGUCAAAAACACCAUGUUUCCUUCUGAUCGCGAACCCUCGUCUGUUGAACCCUUAACGACGUCGUUUUAAACUCCUAUUCGAGGUAUCCUUGGGGCUCACUAUACUCGACAAGUUGAGUUGCAGCAGAGAAAGAAGAAGAAAUGGGAGGAGGAGAAGAAGAUCAACAGAAAUUGAAGAGCACAGCAGCAGCAGCGUAUGACUACGAGAAUGAUCCAAGAUGGGCAGAUUAUUGGUCCAAUAUACUCAUUCCUCCUCAUAUGGCUUCCCGUUCUGACGUCGUCGACCAUUUCAAGCGCAAAUUCUACCAACGAUACAUCGACCCUGGUCUAGUGGUUGAGCCAAUGACUACCAGCAGUUCGUCCCAACCAGCAAGAUCAUCAGCAUCACAACCCUCAUCAUCAUCGUCCACAACUUCUAAUAACCAGCCAAGACAGCGUAAUUCUGGUCAAGCUAGUAGAACUUCAGGCACGUCAACAGCGCCAACUUCAAAUCCGACCUCACUUCGAUGGGACCGACAAACUAUACAAUUUUCAGUGAAUGCUUGGGUUUUUGUUGUGGCAGUUCUCUCAAUAUUUCCAUUUACACCUACAAAUCUCUCAAACAGAGCAUAUCGACUGUCCUUCUUGGGAACUGCAUGUUCUUCACUAUAUUCAUUAUACUCACAAUAUGGGAAACCGAGGGCUUGGAAUUUACAAGCAGUGCAAGUUUGGUUGCAGUCCGUGAUUAUGACAAAGGAUUUCAUCUCCUUCAUUUACUGUCUUACUUUUGUGACUUCACAUCUUUACCUGAAAUUUUCUUUGAUUCCUGUUUUAUGCCGAGCACUUGAUCAUGUUGCGAAAUUUCUUCGAUAUAAUUUCAGCAGAUCUUCUUUGUACAGGAAGUACUUGGAAGAGGCUUGCGUAUGGGUUGAGUCAAACAUAACUACUCUCAACAUACUGUCUUCACAGGCUGAAAUCGGACUGGGAUUUCUUCUGGUUGUCUCUCUAUUAUCGUGGCAGCGUAAUAUUAUACAAACAUUCAUGUAUUGGCAGAUAUUGAAGCUUAUGUAUCAUGCUCCUGCUACCGCUGGUUACCAUCAUGGUGUGUGGGCUAAGAUCGGAGGGCUUGUAAAUCCUCUUGUUCAACGUUAUGCCCCGUUCUUGAAUACUCCUAUUUCAACUAUUCAGAGAUGGUGGUUCAGGUAGAAGACUUGCUGAAAGAUAUACAAGAGUUGUAGGGAGCAGGAAAUACUUUUUGGGGAUUUUACUUUGUCCUGAAAGGUGACUAUAAACUAGAAUUGUCUAGUUAACUAUUCCUAAUAAUUAAUUGCCUUUGGGGUUACUUCCAAGUUUCCCCCUUUCCUCUGUUUAAUUCUUUUGUUUUGUAAACCAAAAUUGUGCAACAACUGUAGUUUUAAUAUCAACUAAUCACUUUUAUUCCU